AUGGGUCUCGGACAGCUUUUCGCUGUUGCGGCGCCUAGGAAAGGAUCAUCGAAGUCAUCGUCGAAGGAAACAUCCAUGAUACCUUUGCAUCUUGAGCAAAUAUUUCGGUUCCCGGGAGGUCUUGCCGAAGUUUCGAGCGUUGUUAAGAAUCUUUCAGAAGGUUAUACAACAUAUCAAAAUGGGGUGGCACUCAGAAAUCAGCUCGAUUCCGUUAUUCCAGAGGUGCAAACUUUUGCGUCAGGAAUGAACCGAUAUUUGAAGAACAAAAAUUGGUUGGAUAUGUUUCAGACAUUUCUCGUGGGGGCAAACGUUGUUGCGGCUUUCAUGGAAGUAUUGCAAGGUUCUUCGAGUCUUGAAGAGAUCGGAUUGAAGAUCUAUGGCGAAAUGGAAGCGCAGACGGGACUUGCUGCCCCAGAAAAGUUUGCGAAACAUGUCGACAAAUACAUCCGGAAAGAGGCAGCAAGUGUUUACGGCGGCGAUGCCGAGCAUCUUUAUUUCCUUUAUCACCCGGACACAGAUUGGCAUGGCGAGUUUCACGAUAUAGUCCAAAACAAACCGGUGCCUAGUAAUUUUCUCGGCAUGUCUGAAAACCUUCAUGCUCUCUGUACCUGGAUGUUAUUCAUGCGCAAACGACUUGAAAGAUCAAAAAUAAACGCACAUUUCCAUCUUCUCAUUCCAGCAUACAGACCCAUGGUCAUUAGGACGGCUUUCGUCUUCCCUGAAGAUCUUUACCCUCUGACGGUCCGCGGACACAUUCACAAUUCCAAAGAAUAUGUCUGGCUCAAUCUUCCUACCAUGAAAGACGUUCCUUCUGACUUGUUCGAGAUGUCAAGCGUGGGAAAUAUUGCAGCUUUGCCCAAGCCACCGGCAUUAUGGCAGCAUGCUCUGAUUUGGGUUGGGAGUAUCGUCAUGCCGAAAAAAGCGCCACCUCCAAUAGUUCUUGGACGUGGACAAAUAAGUCCAAACACCCCUAUUGGAAUGGAAGAUAACGAAGAUGAAAAACUUCAACCUCCGGAAGAUAUUACCAUUCAGCCCGAAACACGACAAAUAGUAAGAGGUGAGAAGAAGCGAAGGCAUCGAAGUUUACGACCCAAGGGUGAACUCAAAUAG